AUGCAAUCAUCGACUAAUAAUCAUUAUUUACCUGACGAAUUUAACGAUAAUUUUUUUUAUAAUGAUGAUCAUGAAAAUAAACAUUUAUUUUUACAAUCACAACCGAUUAUAAAUGAUCAACAAGAAGAGGAGGAAGAUGAAUAUUACUUACGUGGACCAAUAAAUGGUAUGGAAACUGGUUUAGCUGGAUUAGAAAUAAAAGGCAAAGUACGAACAUUAAGUCCGGUGCUUUUCUAUCAAACAAAUACUCGAUAUUUAAUUAUGAGUAAUAAUGAAUUAAAAUAUUUACCAGCAGAAAUUGGAAAUUUAAUUAAUCUUGUCUAUCUCGAUCUGUCACACAAUCGAUUAAAAACAUUACCAUCUCAAAUUGGAGAUUUAAUCAAUUUAAAAAGACUUUAUCUUGAAUCAAAUUUUCUUAAAAAUUUACCAUACGAAUUAGGCAAACUCAAUAUUGAAGAUCUUGGUUUAAACAAUAAUCCACUUGGUGAUCAUAUCUUAAGUUUAUUUGCUCGACCUAAUGGUACACGUGAAGUAAUGAAUUAUUUACGUGAAAAAUGGAAUUUACUUUGUUCGUUUUCAAAACUGUCUUCAUAUAAACAUACUUCUUUAUCAGUUGAUCAAUCAUCAAUGUAUCAUUCUCAACACAAUCAUUCAUCACAACAAUAUUAUUAUCAAUCUAUUCAACAGCAACAACCAUCUCAUUUGUAUCCAUAUCAAUCGUCAUUGUCAUUAACAAAUAUAUCUUCGAAUUCUAAUGAUCAUCAAGAAAAAUCUACUAAACGUUUACUUCCACUAUCAACAGAUCAUUCAAUACGAAAAAAAAUUGAAUGGAAUGAACUUGAAGUAACUGGUAAUGUUCGAAAUUUAUCACCAACAUUAUGGACACUAUCACAAUUAACUGUUUUAUAUUUGAAUGACAAUCAAUUAACACGAUUACCAUCUGAAAUAGUUUGUUUAACUAACUUAAUCACACUUGAUCUAUCAAAUAAUAAAUUGAGAAAUCUUCCGUCAGAAAUCGGUGAUCUAAUUACAUUACGUGAAUUGAAUUUAACAAAUAAUUCUAUUCGAAAUCUACCUUAUGAAAUUGGUAAAUUAUUUCGUUUACGAAGUUUAGGAUUAGUGGGAAAUCCAUUAUCAAAUGAAAUUUUUUCAAUUUAUACUGAAUCAAAUGGUUUACAAAAAUUAUUAGUUUAUUUUCUUGAUAAUUUUUCAACGUCUCUCAAUGUUCUUUAA